AUGAUCAAGUGGCUGGCAGUCGUUUUUUUGUGCGCGCAGGUCGUCUACGGUAGGUGCAAAUAACCGUUCGAAAACAUGUGCAAAACAUGACGUCAUAUUUCGUAACGAAUAUAAUUUAAUAUGGGCUCUCAAUUCGAUGUCAUUAUUCUCGUAUCUUCAGGUCAGUUCGACAAGGAGAAGGCUGUUGGACCAUGUAUUAAUGGGAAAUGCCCUGAGGGUCAUGUGUGUCAUGAUGAGGAAUGCUAUCCAAAUGUACAGAACGAUGACCCCAUGGAUGAGAUGUACGACAGCGAUGUGAAAGCCCGUAAGUCCAUCCGAAAAUCGACUUAUAUUUGCCCUAGGUACCUCAAUCGGUCCUUGCGUAAAUGAUCUCUGUCCGGCGGGUUACAAUUGUGUUGACAACAAAUGUUACAAGAGUAAGUUGUUUUCCAAGAUUACUCUGCAAGACACAGUAUUGUGGCUUUUAUUGUUUUUGCAAGACUUUCUCCCUCUUCUUCAGACACCCACCUUUAUUUUGAAUUCUUUAUUUUUGAAGGGCUCGUUUCCUUUGAUUCGUCUCACCCCCAACUCUCCGACUGUACUAUUUAAACACCACUCUUUCUCAACACUACAGGUACUUCCAAGAAUAGUGAGGGGCACUCUUCUCCAAGACACUCAAGACCUACUACUUUUUAAGGGUCCAAUCAACUUGUUUUAGGCGCCAAAAGAAGCGCUUCCCAGCCAAUCGGGCCCUGUAUCAAUAACCUCUGUCCCACUGGAUAUACCUGUAACCAAUCCGACUAUAAGUGCUAUUAA